AUGUUUAGUACGAUUAGACGUUGGGCAAGUGGUUCUGAUAGCGAAAGCCUUGUCGAAAGGUAUACGAAGGACUUAUCUCAAAUUACUUCAAAGAUUCAUGAUCUGGAGUUGACAAUGAAGAAGAACCAAGCUAAUUUGGAUUAUUGGCAACAUGAGUUGACUUAUUAUGGUUCUGGGUUUACCAUGCUGGUAUUUGCGUACUGUUAUUGGUAUUUUAAAGAUCAAAAAUUAUUAAUUAUUAUAAGCGUCUUAGCUAGUAUAAUAGUGGUGAUCUUUGCUAAGUGGAGUCUGAUAAAGUUGAAUAGUAUAGUAAGAAAUCGCAGAAACAAGCAAUUGAGUGUAUUACGUGGCUUACAUCAAGAGAAAUUAGAAAAAUUGAAGGAAGACACUAAUUUUAAUGCCACGAAUUCUAUUAUACAAAGGUUCUCUUCAGGUGAAAACCAAAGUGAGGAUAUGGUUCUGUUAUUAAAUGAAGAAAUUAAUGACAAAUAUAAAGAAUUGAAUGAAGUUAAAGAAGAAUUAAUCAGCUUGAAGAAGAAUGAUGCUAUCAUGAAUGAUAAAGAAGAAAGAGAUAAAUGGUUCGAUAGAAUUAUUGGAAUUGUAGCCGGUGGAAAUGAAGUAACGAAGCCAAUUGUAUGUCCUAAAUGUUCUAAACAUUUUGGCCUCUUUAGAAUGGAUAGACCCAUUAAAUACAAAUGCCCAGAAUGUGGGAAUAUAAUUGACGAAAUCAAUAAUCAAGAAGUUAAUAAACCAUUCCCUAUUACCCCUACUGACGACCCUGAGUCAGAAAUAAUAGAGAAACAAUAA